AGCGAAGCGAAGCGAACCUUCGACUUUCGCCGUGGAGGUGGGGAAAUUCAAAACCCCCUCCUAUUUUUUCGAAACCCCGCCCACUUUCUUUCUCCCUUCUUCCAAAACCCCACCCCCCCUCUCCUCGCCCAUUUCCCCACCAAAACCCCAAGCCCGAGAUCUCAUUGUCUCUCCCUCUCUUUCUCGCUCGCUCGAUCACUCUCCAUUUCCUUGUUCGAUGGCCCCGGCCUGCGAUCUCCCCUGCGACGGCGACGGCGUCUGCAUGGUCUGCAAGGCGACGCCGCUGGAGGCGGAGUUGAUGCUCUGCCAGACCUGCGCUACCCCAUGGCACGCCCCCUGCCUCGCCCGACGGCCGGAGACCCUCGCCUCCGUCGCCGAUUGGGAGUGCCCCGAUUGCUCCCCGUCGGCCGCUACCUCGAUCCCCGUCCCCGCCGGCGGCUUGUCCGGUGCCUCCGGCGAUCUGAUCGCCUCCAUCCGGGCCAUCGAGGCCGAUACAUCGCUGACCGAGGAGGAGAAGGCGAGGCGGCGGCAGGCGCUGGUGAGCGGCGGCGCGGAGCAGGCUGUCGAUGAGGAGGAGAAGGAAAAGAAGAAGAAAGCCGAAGGAGAGGACGACGACGUGCUCGAUCUCUUCGACGAGAAGUUCAAAUGUGCCUUCUGCAUGCAGUUGCCGGAGAGACCGGUCACUACACCCUGUGGUCACAACUUCUGCCUAAAAUGUUUCCAGAAAUGGGUUGGGCAAGGUAAACGCAAAUGUGCAAAGUGUCGGGAUCAUAUCCCAGCCAGUAUGGCAUCCCAGCCAAGAAUUAAUUCAGCACUUGUUGUUGCUAUCCGCAUGGCAAAGACUACAAAAUUAGCAUCAACGGGUAAUUCAGCACGUGUAUAUCAUUUUGUGCACAAUGAGAACAGACCAGAGAAAGCAUUCACUACUGAGCGGGCCAAAAAGGCUGGAAAGGCUAAUGCUUGCAGUGGUCAAAUCUUUGUUACAGUCCCUCCUGAUCAUUUUGGUCCAAUCCUUGCUGAGCAUGACCCUAAAAGGAACAAGGGCGUGUUGGUAGGUGAGGUAUGGGAGGACCGUAUGGAAUGCAGACAAUGGGGUGCCCACUUUCCUCAUGUUGCAGGAAUUGCAGGUCAGUCUGAACAAGGCGCUCAAUCUGUUGCACUGUCAGGAGGGUAUGAAGAUGAUGAAGAUCAUGGAGAUUGGUUUCUCUACACUGGAAGUGGAGGGAGGGACUUGAGCGGAAACAAGCGGACAAAUAAGAACCAGUCUUUUGACCAGAAAUUUGAGAAGCUAAACAAAGCAUUACGAGUUAGUUGCCUAAAGGGUUAUCCUGUUCGAGUGGUGAGAUCCCAUAAGGAGAAGCGUUCUUCAUAUGCACCUGAAAAGGGCGUGAGAUAUGAUGGAAUAUACAGGAUUGAGAAAUGCUGGCAUAAAGUUGGUGUUCAGGGUUUUAAGGUUUGCAGAUAUCUUUUUGUGCGAUGCGAUAAUGAACCAGCACCAUGGACAAGUGAUGAACAUGGUGAUAGCCCUAGACCUUUGCCUGCAAUUCAAGAACUGAAGCAUGCCACUGAUAUUACAGUGAGGAAGCAAAGCCCUGCAUGGGAUUAUGAUGAGGAACAUGGUUGGAGAUGGACUAAGCCUCCACCACAGAGCAAAAGGUGUGCACCUUCUGGAAAAUCAGAAAAGAAGAGAGGAAGGAGCACAACAAAGCAUGGCCAGAGCACUUCUGUGAGGGAGAGACUAUUAAAAGAAUUCGGCUGCCUAAUUUGUGGGAAAGUGAUGAGUCUUCCCCUCACAACGCCAUGUGCUCAUAACUUUUGCAAGCAGUGUUUGUUAGGAUCAUAUCCUGACCAGUCAUUUGUCCGGGAGAGAACACGUGGAGGAGGUCGAACACUUCGUGCACAGAAAAUUGUCAAGAAGUGCCCUUCUUGUCCAAAUGACAUCUCUGACUUUUUACAGAAUCCACAGGUUAAUAGAGAGCUUAUGGAUCUGAUAGAAUCACUCCAACAGAGAACAGAUGAGAAUGUUGAGUUCAGUGAGGAAGGAAGCGCUGUUGUAGACAAGUCCGAAGAAGAAAAUAAUUCUGGGAAUGAGAAGCUGAGUGGUUAUGGAAGUGACUCCACGGAUGACAAGGUGAGUGAUGAACAAAUUGAUGGUUUAGUGGGCAACAGACCUACUGAGGAAUCUGAUGCACUGGGGGAGAAGCAGCUUGAGUCGGUAGAUAGAGACUCCGAGGUUAAUGCUGGGAAACCUGAGAUGGAGGAAGUAGGAGAGGACUGCCCAAGCCACAUGCACAGAACUGUCAACCAGGGUUCCCGGAAGCGGAGGAAAGCUGGCGCUCAGAAAAGAGCUGGUAAGAAGGCUAAAGGGGGUGAGGUUGGUAACGUAUCUGAGUAAAAUGGGGAAGAAUUUAAUGAAGAACAUAAUUGACCGUUUGAACUCCGUAAACAAUGAAGUUAGGUCUCCAAGAUUGGGCAAGAGCUUCUAGUUGUCCAGCUUCCCACAAGCAGAAGAGUAAUUGUCUUUUAAGUGUUUUGUUUUUGUACGGUCUUUCAUUUAUUUGUGCCUCUGUGAAAUAGGGAGUUGAAAAUCUUCGGUCUGUGGUACUUUUUGAUGCGCUUAUUUCCAUUUUGAUGAUGCCUGAUGAAAGUUGCUCUGACAAAUCAUACAUUUUAAGCUUUUGCUGUAUGCUUUCAAUUAAAGAUUACUUGUAUCCAUAUGUUCCAAAAUUACA